GUCCACGGAGCAUCCUAACACUAUCCUUCGAUCCAUCUAUCAUCCACCCGUCUUCUUUGUGCUUCUUCCUCCUUCUCCGGCGACGAGAUAAGGAGGGAGGUAGGGGGAGGGAUUGAGAGGAGAAAAUUUUCCUAAGAAGAUCCGAUCAUCUCCCAAUCAACCAAAAUGGCCGGAUUCAGUGGUGAUGAAACCGCUCCUUUCUUCGGCUUCCUCGGCGCCGCCGCCGCCCUUGUCUUCUCUUGCAUGGGAGCUGCUUACGGAACGGCGAAGAGUGGUGUCGGCGUGGCUUCGAUGGGGGUGAUGAGACCUGAGCUCGUGAUGAAGUCAAUCGUGCCGGUGGUUAUGGCUGGAGUGCUAGGUAUCUAUGGCCUUAUUAUUGCUGUUAUUAUCAGCACGGGGAUAAACCCCAAGGCGAAGUCUUACUACCUCUUUGAUGGCUAUGCGCAUCUGUCAUCUGGUUUGGCAUGCGGACUCGCUGGUCUUUCUGCCGGUAUGGCUAUCGGGAUCGUGGGUGAUGCUGGGGUUAGAGCCAAUGCACAGCAGCCGAAGCUGUUCGUGGGGAUGAUACUGAUACUGAUAUUUGCUGAGGCGUUGGCGCUCUAUGGAUUGAUAGUUGGCAUAAUUCUGUCGUCUAGGGCUGGCCAAUCUAGGGCUGAUUAAAAUUCUUGCUCUCCUUUGGUGAUCUCUAUAGCUUCCAGCAUUUGAACCGGGCCUUGUGCUUCUAUUUAGGAACCACUUUUAUAUUCAGAACGUUUUAAUAAGAUCUUCUGCUAGUCGAUUGCUACAGACUCUAUUUAUUACAUACAUAUAUAUAUUUAUUAACCAUUUUGA